AAACCAAAAAACACGCAAAUUGCGUUCUCUAGUGCUCUUUCUAUCCCAUCGAUCCAUUGAAAAAAAGAACAACAGAAAGAAAGGAAGCUAAAAGAAUAGUUCCAGAUCGAAACCUUCUCUCUCUCUCUCACACUUCCUUCGAUCGAGGUAGCUCGUUUUCAAUUUGAUUUCUCCAUGUCCAGAACAAAACCCUAGUUUUCUCCCUGAACUUCCCCAGCUUAGCUCAAAACCCUAGAAAUUCUCAUUUCGAUUUUAAUUAGGAUCUUUUAUUUGGUUCAAUAUUUGGAACGAUAUAUAUUUACAUAUGCUGAUUUUUGUGUAAAUAUCCUUUUGGUCCAGAUCGAAAAAAAAAAUGUUCGUGUUUGGUUUAUGAGAUUCCCGGAGAGAAGUUCUGGUGGCCGUAAUAUUUGGUUAGUCUUUUGGGUUUUAUUGUAGAUUUUAUCUUGAUUAAAGAAUGGAGUAGCCUAAUAUCGGCUCUAUCAUCAUUUAAGGAUUUGUGAAUUAGCUUUAGAUUUGGGGUUAAUCGAUGAUGGCGACGCCUUGAUUAGGGAGCAUUUGGGAACUUGGAUUGGGAUAAGAUACAAGUGAAUUGGCUUAGCAGAUUCAAAAUUUUGAGUUCUUGAGUAGUGAAUUUCGCGGGGAGCCAACUAGAGUUAAAACUGUUGAAGAGUAUUUCGAAUAUUCUCAAAUUUAAAUUUGUGUAGAAAUGAGCUUAGAAAAUGAAGAACAGCAUUCCUUAGAUCAGCCUGAUAUCAGUAAGGAAUCUCAAAAGAAAUCGAGAAUUUCAUACACCAGAGAAUAUUUGCUGUCAUUGAGUGAACUGGAUAUUUGCAAAAAGUUACCCGAGGGUUUCGAUCAAUCAAUUUUCGGUGAACUUGAGGAUACAUCACAAGAUCGUCAGAGAAUUCCUGGCACCUUGUCAGGUUAUAGGCGCAAUGAAUAUAGUUCAUCACCACCUACUAGAGGGGACUAUUCGCGGGGCAUUCAUGGACGGUGGGACAGUCGUUCUAGUGGAAAGAGUGAUAGAGACAGUGAUUCCCAAUCUGAUUGGGACUCUGAUCAUGGAAGACGCCAUGGUAAUCAAUCUCGGCGGUCUUGGCAAGGUCCUGAGCAUGAUGGUCUUUUGGGGAGUGGUUCUUUUCCUCGACCAUCUGGAUAUACAGCAGGAGCUUCUGCUUCAAAGCUUCGAGCUAAUGAACAGUGCCAUCUAAAUAGAAGCAAUGAGCCAUACCAUCCACCCCGUCCUUAUAAGGCUGUACCUCAUUCAAGGAGGGAAACUAAUGACUCAUACAAUGAUGAAACGUUCGGUUCCACUGAGUGCACUAGUGACGAUAGAGCGGAAGAGGAAAGAAAGAGAAGAGCUUCCUUUGAGUCAUGGAGGAAGGAACAACAGAAAGCAUUCCAGGAGAAGAAGAUUAAUCCUGAAAGGCGUAAAGAUAACUUCGAUAUUUCUGAAUUGCUAGAGGACUCUAAAGUUGACAAAGGACUUGCAAAUAGAAACAAGGAAUCAGAUGAACCUAUUCCAGCAUCAAAUAUUGUUUCUGACAGAACUUCUCUUCCCUCACAAACUCCUGCAUCUAGACCACUUGUACCUCCUGGUUUUGCUAGCACAGUUUUGGAGAGGAAUGUUGGAACCAAAACUUCAAUGCACUCCCAUUCUUCACAGGUUGGUAAUUCUGAAAUCGACAGCAACCUUUCAGAGUCCAAAGGCAGCCUUCUUUCUAAUGGGAUUUCUGAUGAUCUUGCGGGCAAGCCUUCUAAACCGAACGAAGAGGAAACUUUGAGUGAGCGGAGGCUUGGAAUUAAAAACAUUCACCCUUUGGACAAUAAUAAGAGUGUGAAGGCUCCAACAUUCUCAUCAGCUUUAGAUAAACUUAAUGACACAAUAAGCAAGGAUUCUCAAAUAUACAAUAGCUCCAGUCUUUCGGAAGCCUUUAUGGCCCCAGGGAACAAUGAAGUUACUGAACUUGAUUCCAAAAAGCUGGUUGCUGAUAAAAUUGUGACUGAAACCAACCAGGAUGGUUCAAUUUCAAUUCUAGACAAGCUUUUUGGAAAUGCUUUAACAGCAAAUGAAGGUGGCUCUACUAAUUACACUGAGCCUAAUGACAGCAAUGCAGAUGAGACAUGGGCCCCUGACACUUUCCAUUCUUCUAAGUUUGCUCAUUUGUUUCUUGAUGAAGAGAAGAAAACUAUAGAUGAUCUCUCCCUUGGCAGGCCAAAAGACUUGCUCUCAUUUAUUCAGGGUGGCGAGAAAGGUGGUUCCCAUGAUAGACUAGCUACUAAGCAUGGGGAGUUGAACUUUCCAUUUCAAAACUCUGAACUUGCGGACAAGCAUGUUAGAUCAAAUUUGCUGUCUCCUAGAAUUGAAAACUCUGAGCAAUCAUGGAAUAUUAAGGAUGUUAAUAAAUCAGCUGCAGUUCCAACUGUCCUCACAUGUGAGGAUCUUGAAAAGUCAAUUCUAUCAGAAAGCACUGGAAAUGAUCCAAGGUUGCCUCCUGCUAUUGAAGGAUGUAAAAUUCCUGAUGCCAAAUGUGAGAAGCAAGAAGUUAUUGUCGACAAUCAUGCAUCCCAGCACCUUCUUUCAUUGUUACAAAAUAAAACAAGUAUGAAAAAUAUAGUAUCAUCGGCCAAUCUUGACAUCGGGUCUUCAGAAAGGGUAAACACUAUUGAAACAACAAGUGCUGAUACGGCUAGUUGUGAUUCAAUAGACACAAAUGCAGAAAAUGCUUCCAGUUCAGGGAAGAGUCUGACUCUUGAAGCACUUUUUGGAAGUGCUUUCAUGAAGGAACUACAAUCAGUUGGAGCACCAGCUUCUGUUCAGAGGGGCUCAAUAGAGUCUGCACGAGUUGAUGUAUUCAAAUCUAACAGGCUUCCCCUUCAUGUUACAGAUGAUAGUCUUCUUCCUUCCUCAGGUCACGUUGGGUCAAACAGGACUAAUUUUGAAAAAAAUAUUUCACCAUUUACCCAGAGAGAGCAAAUGAAAUCCGAUGGCAUUGAAGAGCAUUUGUUAGGCUAUAAUGAUGCUCCAUCCGCAGCGGAUUCAUCACAUAUCCGAGCUGGAUUAGGAUCUAAACUUGGUGGUUUUGAUGGAUCUGCUAAAAUUGGGCUUCCUGAAGAGGAUAGUUUGCUUGGUGUCAGUAAUCCUUUGAAACUCCAGAAUUUCAUGGCUGGUGGUGUAAAAGCAGAGCUAUCGCCCUCCCAAGAGACACCAAUUGAUGUUGCUGAGAAGCUAGCAGCUUUGAAGGCCGUUUUCCAGGAUGAAAGACCUGUUGUAGGAGGGAAAGAAGUUCCAGUUUUUCUUCCCGGUCCCUAUGACUUGAGGGAGCCAGAUAUUCCAUUACAUAACCAAAACGUCCAAGCAUCUUCUCCUCAGCUUCAUCCUCAAUUGAAUCAUGGAGGUCCUUUGUUUCAUUCGUUAGAUUCUCAUCAUUCUAGUAUCGGUUCUCAGGUGAAGUUCAUGGGUCCAGAAGGCUUGGUCUAUCAUGAUGCCCCACCAAAUCAUCAAUUAUCUGCAAAUAUGCUUCGUCCUCUCCAUCAUCCUAGCAGUGGACUAACUGGAUUUGAUUCUCCAAUUCAUCAUCCUAUGUUACAACAAAUGCAUAUGCCUGGAAACUUUCCUUCACCCCACUUGCAACGACGGAUUCCUGGUGUUGCACCGCCAGCACCUCAUUCAAAUAAUCAGAUGACUGGGUUACAGGAAAUGAAUCCAAUGCAUGGUUUUCAAUUGGGGCAUGGUCAACGGCAGCCUCAACCCAACUUUGCUGGUCUUGGAAUGCCUCCAGGUCAUGACGUUGGCAGUGGGAGCCAUCAUCCAGAGGCAUUGCAGAGGCUUAUUGAGAUGGAGCUCAGGUCAAAGUCGAAGCAGCUGAGCCCUUUCGGUGCACCCAGCCAUGGUCAAGGCCAAGGGAUGUAUGGCCACGAGCUAGACAUGGGUUUUCAGUAUAGAUAAUGACAUUUGGUUGUAGUUUUGCCCUAUCCCUACUAGAUUGUUUCUCUCCGAGAAUUGAGGAUAGGUUUGAUGUUCUUAAUUCACGAGGGAUUAUUGUGGCUCACUGUAACUAAAAUGAUCAUUAUCAUACUUGCUAUUGGCUGUUGGUUGCAAUUUGCCCUUUUAUGCUUUGUGUAGUGUGUUUUUCUUUCCUUUAAGGGUUAAAUCACAUUUUAGGUUUGAA